AUGGCUCUUGUGGAAAUUAUGCGGCUUUGGAGUGAAGGAGUGGCUGCAGCAGACAAAGGGGACUGGACAGGAGCCCUGAAAUCCUUCACCAUCAUCACAGAACCUAGAGCCAAGAUCUGCUUCAACAUCGGCUGUUGCCACCUUGUGAUGGGAAAUUUACAGGGGGCAGAAAAGGCCUUCACUAGUACUGUUGAGAAAGACAAACAUUUGGCUGUGGGGUAUUUCCAGCGCGGCUCCGUCUUCUUCAAAGAGGGAAAGUAUCAAGAAGCUCUUCAGGACUUUGUUCGCUGCUUCACUGAAUUAAGAGGAAAUCAACUGAUUGACUACAAGAUUCUGGGCUCGGCAUUUAAACUCUACAGCUGUGAGAUCCUAUAUAAUGUUGCACUAGCACACGCGAAAGUGGGGAACUGGGCAAAAGCAGAAGAGAAUCUCAUUCUGGCCCUCAGUCAGAAGGUAGAACCAAGGCAUGGCACCAAGAUAGAGAAAGCAAUGCAAGAAAUCCUGAAACAAAAAGAUUUUCCACUAACAGAAAUGCCAAAAGGUCGCCUAUUUCAACCGAAUGAGAGGCUUGUGGAACAGUUGGAGAAGAAGGACUAUUUGGGUAAAGCUACGGUUGUGGCCUCGGUGGUUGACAAAGACAGUUUCUCUGGUUUUGCACCCCUACAGCCCCAGAGUGACAACCCACCACUUCGUCCAAAGACCCCUGAAAUACUUAGGACUUUGCAGGGAGAGCCUCAUCGCGUUCUGUUUGAAUUUACUCCAGAGACCAUAGAAGAGAUGGAAGUCAUGCCAGGGAAUAUCGUCUUUGUGCUUAAAAAAGGGAAUGACAACUGGGCUACUGUGCUGUUUAAUGGAAAGAAAGGGAUAGUCCCAUGCAAUUACCUGGAGCCAGUUGAGUUGAAAUUUCAGUCCCAAAUUCAG